UGACGUCAUUUUCUAAUUCGCUGAAUCACAUUUGUUAUGAAGAUUCUAGAAGAAACAGGGUGUUGCACGCAAUUUUAGUUGAAAUCUCUCACAAUUACGAUACAAACUUAUCUUUUUAAAGUCCAGACUUCGCAAUUUAUACACAUAAAACAUCAAACUUUUGUGAAACUGGCCUAUUUUCUCCCUGUAGCAGCUGUCAUGGCAGCCGCGUGUGCUCCCUGGUUAAAAUGGGAACAAAGGCAUUGUUGAUUUCAGUUUUAUUUAUAAACUAACAAUCAUUUGAAAUGUCUACCAAACUUUAAGAAAUUAUGGAUUAGCAAUUUUCUCUAGUUUAUUAAUAAAAAUUAACGAAGUGAAGAUAAGAUACCGAAACAAUAUUGAACUUCUGACAGGAAUUUCACAAAAGUACUUCCUGCUGUAUUCGACAAGAUGCUUAAAGACUACUUUGUUGAUGGACUUGUUCAAAUUGCCAUAGUUCUGAGUUUGUUGAGGACUGACUUAAAUAACUACAUGAACAUUCAUUAUGUAAAUUAUCCAGAAGUGCAAGAAAUUAUUCUUGGAUCAUCAGCUGCAUUAACUCCAACUAACUUCAUCAACAACAACAUAAAUUCUUUCUAUGGCGGUGGUAAUCCUAAAUCAAUUUACAGUGAUUUGACAUAUCAAAAUCUUAUUCAAGAUUUACGAUCUUUAAGACGUUUUUCUGUAUGGCAACGAUCACAUUCAGCUCAACAAAUAGAGACAUUUCUGGUUGGUUUGAAUAAUAUACCAGAAAUUGUAAGGACACCAGCAGAGCAAAACAAUAACAAUAAUGUACAGUCAGAAACAAACACUGAUGACCAGAGUGAUGUUGAAUCAAGCAACAACAAUCAGAACUUAGAUAGCAAUGAUAAUGUGCAAUAUGAAGAAGUUGUUCUUGGUGUUGACAGUACAUGUAGCACAAGUAAUUCUGUCUCAUCUAGUGUAAAUAGUCAGUAUGACUUUCAGUUUGAUGGUCUGUCAAGGGAGGAUCUUGAUCUCAUUGAGGUACUAUGGAGACAGGAUAUAGAUCUCGGGAUAGGAAAGGAGGUGUUCGACAUCAACCUAAGGAAAGAGCUAGAGAGAGAACGAGAGAUAGAGAUACAAAAAGAACAAAUCAAAAAAAAAGAGGAAGAAUUGGUGAGAAUAAAACUUGAAGAACAGCGCCGGCAGCAGGAACAGCAAUGGAGAUCAGAGAAUUUUACUAGAGAUGGAGAAACUGGUGAAUGGGUGCCUGUAGGUGGAAGAAAUAGAAUUCCUCCACCCCCUCAGACUUCUCAACAACUGCAGCAAGUCCCACAGCAGCAAAAUGUACAGAAUAGUCAAUACCAGAACUAUAUGCCCUAUGAAAACAAUAUGCCUGUGAUGAGUGAAAUGCCACAGUCCUCAGGAGAAUAUAUGAUGCCAACCCAUGUAGAGCCUCAGUAUCAGCCCCUUAGGAUACCUCAUGAGAAUGUAGAUCAGCAGCAACAGCCACAGCAGCAAAAUAUGACAAAUUUCAUUCCACAAACAAGUUAUAAUCAGACAAAUCCAUACAAUCAGGGAGAAAGUUUCGAGGAGCGAUGGCAAGAUAUUGUUAGUAUGCUAAAUUUGUCCCAGAAUAAUUCAGGAAAUAUGUUCAGUGGUAUGCCUCAAAGUAUGCAUGCUAUGAUGGGUCAUAAUGCUAGCAUGUACAACCAAACAGAUAUAUCAUCACCUCUUAUGCAGUUAAUCCAGUCAGUACCAGCAGCAGGUAGAGACAACCAAUCAUCUGCCAUGAUACAAAAUAUUACCAUGCCAACAGCUGGAGACAACCAGUCAUCAGUGUUAUUGCAGAAUGCUUCAAUGCCAGUUCCACCUAUGAAUAAUUCCAUGAAUCCAUCUUACAAUGCAUUUGACAACUCAGGUACUUGCCAGCAAAAUGGUAAUUUCACACCCUCAAAUCCAGAUUGUGGCUUAACAAACCAGCGUGAUUUUGAGACUGGCGAUCUUCUUUUCCUCAAUGAUAGUAGUCCCAUGAAUCAAACAGAAUCCUUAAAAGAAGUAGAAGAACUACUGCCUGAUAUCAUUAACAAUGAAAAUUUAACUGAUUACAACAUAAGUGAGAUGGCGCUAAAUGAUGGCUUACGUUCCAUGCAUAUGCUUGAUGAAGAGAGUAGUGAGUCGGGAGUAUCUAUGGGUAGUUCUGGAUCACCAGUACAUGACAACUUCAGUGACUCAGUUAUGUCCCCUUUUGAUGGUGCAGGUGGAGCCACUGGGGGUCAAGAUUAUGAUGAAUCACAAAGUUACAAAGGUCCCAACAACUUUAAUUUUAAUAACAAUAAUAAUAAUAACAACAACAAAAAUUAUAAUGGGUACAGCAACAGUGAUAGCCAAUCAAAUUGUUCAUCUGUAUCUAAUGAUACUGAUUACCAAAUCGACAUGACAAGGUCCAAACAUGUUCACCAUAACCAUUCUUAUCCACUACAGCCAGGACAGGAACCGAAAGAGUACAAGAAAUAUACAUUCAACAACGAUAAACCUAGGCAGAAAGGGCCACACUGUCGUGACAAAAAACGCAUUGAAGAAAUGAACAUUCCACUGACUCUUGAUCAAGUUAUCGAAUCACCAGUGGAAGAAUUCAACGAAAUUUUGCAGAUGCAUAAAUUUUCUGAUCAGCAGCUUCAAUUAAUUAGAGAUAUUAGACGCAGAGGCAAAAAUAAAGUUGCUGCCCAAAACUGCAGGAAACGCAAGAUGGAUGUGAUAGUAGAUCUUGAGGACAAUAUGUCUUCCCUACGUGAGAGAAGAGAUAGACUUUUAGAGGAGCGACACAUGAUUGACAAACAAGCAAGGGAAAUGAAAGACAAAUUUGGAGUCCUGUACAGAGAAAUUUUCCAGUCCUUGCGUGAUGAAAAUGGAAGACCAUAUGAUCCCCAGUUUUAUUCCUUACAGCAAUCCAGUGAUGGCAAUGUUUUCCUUGUACCACGAAAUAUGACAGCGGAUGAACAACAAGCAAAACUUAACAAAAAAGUUAAGAAAGAAAAGGAAAAGUAGUUAAAACAAUAUUAGAUUUAAGACUAUGGAGGGAUGCUACCUCUAAAAAAAUGUGAUAAAAGCAAGCCUUAAAUGAAAAAAAAUCAGGGUUUUUGAUGGCGUUAAAAAAAAGGGGGGGGAAAUUUUUGGCAUUUGGUUUUUAGUGCUUUUUGCAUUUGAAGUAAUAGGAUUUGCAUUUAUGGGUUGCACAUAUUCAUUUUUCAUUGCAAAUUUGUUCACAAAAUGUUUAACUGGCACUAUAUUUAUUAGAAUAAAAUCAAAACUUCACAUUGUUUUAUUAUAUAUAAAUAUUAAGAAUAGAUUUUAUUUUCAAUAUAAAAUUAUUUACAUAAUUGUUGAUCUCAAAGUCCAGCACUGUCAGUGUUUAGCAUAAUAUAGAAAUAAAGGUGCAAAGUAUGAAUUCAGUUACCCAUCAAGACAAAAAAUGAACAUCAUAUUUAAAUAAAACUUAACAUCAUACUAAAUUUAUUAGAAGAAACUUGUUGCACCCAAUAUUCUUUCAUUAAUACAUAAAAAAAUAUCAAAAUAUUUAAAAUGAAGAAAGUUAACUGGCAAUUAUGUUGUCAAGCAUAUCUUUUGUGCAUGUGAAUUUAUUACAUUCCAUUCUUGUGAAAGAGCCAGGUAGUUAGUACUGUUUGUUAGGAAGGAGUUUUUGGAAAUUAAACAAUUAUUGUAUAGGGGUCAUACAUUGUAAAAUGAACCCUAAAAUAUGCUAAUUGUUUUCAUUUGAAAUGCUUACAUUUUUACAGAAAAAGCAUUGUAUCAGGUGCCUUGUUAUGAGGAAUGUUGAAAUGAAUUAUUUUAUGGUUAUACAUUUUUAACUCAAAUCCUUUCCAAUGUAAAAGGGGGAGGGUUCAGGAGACAUAUUUGUUUAAGCCACAAACAAUUUGUUUCAUUUUAAAUGACUCUUACAGCUGUUGUCAAAGAAGACAUUUACCCAUCAAAUUGAAUUUAAAGUUCCUCUGAUCACCCAUCACACUGUCAAUUAUGGAACAGUUCUGAGUUGACAGGUACAUAACAACUGUCUCUUCAUACAUCUUACACUUUUAUGUCUACUCAAGAUGCAAAGCUUUAAGCAAAAUAAAUGGUAGCAGUUUGAUUGUUUAGAAAUAAGAAUAUGAUUAAUUCCACUAGUAUAAUUUGUGAAAGAUCAAAUUCUAGUGUAAUAUAUUUGUAGAAAAUAAUAACUUUUUUGUUGAAUUAUAAGUGUCUAUGUGGUGCUUAGUGUAUCAUUUAUAGUAGAAAACUGACAGUAUAAAGUGCUAAAUAAGGUCAUUAUAAAAAUAUUGCUCUAUUCCUUUAUCAUCUUGCUACACUUUUCUAAUUCAUUUUAUUUUUAUUUUGAAAGAAAAAUUAUGUUUUCAGAAACGUGUCGAAACAAAAUAUGUCUAUACAACAUGUACAAGAUAUAGGAAAAAAAUUAAUUUAUUUUGCCUGCCUUUUCCAAUUUAAGAAAAAAUAGUUUUGUAAUAUUUUUAUUAUGGCCUUAAGUGUUAUUUUUUUGUAUUUAUUUAUUUAUCCCAUUUAACUUACAACAUGAUCAAAGAUAUAUAUAGUGUAAGAUUUUUACUUGAAUAUUAAAAUGUUUUUACAGUUUAUUAUUUAAACUGAUGCUAAAAGCUGGUUUCCUGUAGGGGAAUGCAUUUCUUUGGUCUAGCUAAGGGUUUGUGUGCAAAGUUUGUAAAACUGGAACUGGUUCUUGUUUGUUAAAUGUUUUAUGUUGUUAAAUUAUUGUUAUACAAUUGUUAUUAUUAUCUAAAACUUAAGUUUUACACAAAUUAUUGAUUUAAAAUAUUUGAUGUUUUAUUUUGUCGUAAGAAAACAGAAAAUUUGAAGUGGAUAUUUAAUUUAUAAUAUAAUAUUAUUGGUAAAAUCUGCCAAAAAAAAAAUAAAAACUAGAUUGUACCAAUGAUAAAUUUUUGAAAUAACUGAUUUUCAUUUAAACAAUGAUGGUAUUAUUUUAGUCUAUAGGGCAUUUGGACUUGAACUGUUGUCAUUGAGUUGCCUGCUUACCAUCAGGUGGACAUUUCUUUAUGAAGCAUAAUCUGAUCUGUUGAAAAACCUUAUAAUUAUAAAGCUUUCUCAAUAUAACUGUUUUACACAGCAUCACAUGUUAGUGAUGUUGGGAAAAGGGAUGUACAUUACAUAAACAUGGGUUUCUAUUUAAGUUGCAUGCAAAAGGAUUCCACAUGGUUGUUAAUGCAUAUUUCAAAGGUCGUCUUAAAAAGAUUAUUUCAAAUUUCCAAAAUAUCCAAAAUUUGAAAUCACCACUGAUUCAAUAACAAUAAUUCAAUUUAUUAUUUUUUUUUAAGGAAGGACAGUUCCUAUUAUGAUAAUUUAUGAUAAUUUUAACUGAAUAAUGUAGUAAUACCAUUGACAAGUGAAAUCACAGGAUUGGGUUAUUUUUGUCAAACGUAAUGUUGCAGUACUACUUAUAAUUGUUUACAUGUCUGGAUAGAGAACAAUAAUUUUGGGCUUUCAGUAGAUGGAUUUAUAGAUAAAGUUAAGCAGGUGUGUAUAAUAAACAUUCUAUAGAGGUGUUAUUGUUUCACUUAUAACCAUUGUUAUGUUUUUAUAUCACAUAUUAUGUCAUAAUAGUCUAUAGCAAAUAAAUGCAUAUUGUGUGCAGUGUGAAUGAUGGAUAAUUAUAUGGUGAUGCAAAAAAUCUAAGUUUGAAUAUAAGUAAUUAAAUUGAUUUCAGCAGUCUGUCAAAAUUAAAGAUAUUGAUUAUUGCUUUGCUUCAUAGAUACUUCACUGGAAGGUACUAGUCUAAAAAUAAACUUUGUAGGUCUGUUAUCUUUUUUUUAAUCUUGUUACCAGAUAUGUCACAGAUGUGGGGAUUUCUAUGACUGUGUAUUUAAAACAAGAAUAUUUACUACUUCAAAUUAUAAUAUAUAUCAUUCAGAUUUAAGUACAUAUCUGUCAUAAAAAAUAAAAGAGUAUGUGUGUGAAUGUGAAUAACAUUAUAUAGAACAGAAUUACCAAUGUAAGUGAACCUAUAUAUAAUUUGGUGACAUUCCAUGAACAGAGAUUUAUCAAAGUUGGUAAAAGGGAUAUGCUGUAUAUAUUUGUUUGUUAAAUAUAUUAUUACAGCAUGUUAUUGGUAUUAAAAAAUAUUUUACUAACAAAGCCUUUUACAAUGUAUACCCGUGAGUCAUUUAUUGUCAUGUAGUCCUUCAUCGUCAAAUAAGACAUCAUCAUGUACAUUACAUCACUUAUUAUUUCACUUUACACCAGAACAUUUACAUUCUAUUGAUUUAAAGGUCUGUUUGAGCCAAUUAUGAAUAUUCCACUAUGUUUUAAAUUUCCUACCUGAAUACCAUAUACGUAAUUUAUAUUUAAAUUAUUUCAAACAAAAUAUUUAUGAACAUUAAGUUUUUAAUACAUACAAAUUGCAUAUUAUGAUCAUUUACCUAUUAAAAAACUAUUUGAGGCUCUUCCUUCAAAAGCAUCUUUUGAAAGCAUUUGCUGUUUACUCAUUUCAGUACAAUUACUGAUUCAUGAAGAACUUAUAGUCAUGCAUGACAUAUCAAAGCAAAACGUUUUUGUUAACACUUUUGAUUUCAUAUUUUCAACAAUUGAAAUCUUAUCAUCGACUGAAAACGCUACUGGCAUCUUGCUUUUGCCAUAAUAAAUUGAUAGCAUAGAUAAGACAGAAAAAUUUAGAAUUGACUUGUGAAAUUGGGGAAAUUAUUAUCAUGUCGAGUGAAAAUAUUGUGUUAAAGACUUGGGUGAAGUUAUGUCAAUUUAACACACUGAUAGCCUUUUGUAGAGGAGAAACAAGUUUUUAUGAACCUUAGAAGUUGAAAGUUACCAGGGCUGAUGGCCUCAGUCAAUAUUAAUUUCUAAGGUCCAUGAAAACUCAUAUUGGAUAUAAAAACUGAUAUUGUGGUUAAACAGUCCGUAGACCAUCUUUAUUUAAAUAAAAAACAUAUUUUACAGAAUUUCAUCUGCAAGCAUUUAAAUCAGCAGGAUUAAGUAUUCCAAAAUAUAAUAUAAUAAUAAUAAUAAUAAUAACAUUAAUGUAAAUUUAACCAGCCCAAUGAUAAAUACGUGUUUCUUUAGUUUUUGCACUUUAUUUUCAUUUGACAUAGUUAUACUAUAUGGGAAGUUAUAAAUAAUAAUUAGUAUGGGAAGAACUGUCAGUGAUGAUAUGAUUUAGGUAGUUGUUGUAGCUCCAUCAUUGUACAUAAUGGAUUGUCUCAUUAUGGUUGUGUAUCAGAUAUUGUCUGAACAAUAAACUUAUUUUAUAUUGA